AUGUUAUCGACUCAUCCAAUCGAAGUCAAUUUCUGCCUAAUGUCGAGAGCAUCAUUUGAAGAGAGUUACCGUGAAUUUUUCGGACUAUAUACAGAUCGAAUUCGUUCACUUCAUGUCUUCAAUCGAUUAAUCAUCAACUCAAUUAUUUCAUUCAUACCAAAUCCAUCAUUAUUCACUCGACUUGAAACAUUGUAUUUGAACAAUGUGAACAUAAAAGAUUCGCAUGAACUUUUCGAUUACUUAUCCCUCUUACCGCAACUUUCCACAUUAAUUAUCUCUUCGAUUAACAAAUGUUAUGAUAAAAAUCUAAUCUACAAUAGCAUAUUUCGUUUAUCAUCAUUGAAAUACUGUAAAAUUUCAAUUAAUGAUACCGACGACACACCGCACGGUCUGCUCAUAACUGGAAGUGAUAUACUGAGUCCUAUUGAACACUUGGUUAUUGAUUCUUGCAUAUAUCUUCAAGAACUUGCGCUUCUUUUAUCCCAUGUGCCACAUCUUCGUCGUUUAUCGAUCAAAUGCGUCAUUUCAACCUUCAAUUUCUAUCGCGAAACAUUGCGCUUAACAUUGCACGAUCUUACUCAUGUUUCGCUCAAACUCAAGUACNAGACAAGAAGAGUGAGUUUCGAUCAACAUGAUUUCUUAUUGUGA